AUGGAUCCUGCAGCUGUGGAGUUCGAUGCGAUGUGCCGGCAGACGAGCAUCAUACCUGCGUCGGUGCACCGAAGCAAUCCUGAAAUAGGUGCAAGGCGAAUUGUCAGUGGUUUUGGUACCGAUGCUACUACCCAUGAUCCGAACGUAACUGGGAGACCAAGUGGGGGCAGAGAGGUCGAGGAGCUCAGCAAGACUAUUGCCGACCUCAACAAGGAUAUCUGUGGUCGUAUGGAACAACUUAUCAUGUCUCAUCAAUACGCAUCCAAUCAAACCAGCGUUAACGGCCGUUACAUCAAUCCGGUGGUAUACUGCAUGGCAAAGCCGCUCCUUCAGGCUAGAUUAGCCAUGCUUGAGCCAUCAUUCAAGUUCGAGUUCUAUCGGAGGCUUGAUGAAAUGCUCAAUCUGACUGAAGAUAUCGUCGAGAACGAGGGCCAGGUUCUCACCAUGGUUGAGGAGAUGCUCCGAGAAGAGGCUCGCGAUAACUUCAAGAAGUUGAACGCCAGCGGCUCUGACACGCGAGUACCUGAAAUACAUUCCACAAGAACUAUCAUACCGCCGGCCAAGAACUUCACUACAACCGAUAGUGUGUCAUUCAACAAAUCGACAGAGGUACCCGACGACCAGAACGCGGAGUUGAGUGAGGCGCAUCUUACCUCUGAGACUUGCCCUGGUGCUUUCAUGGACUCGCGAGAAUAUGAAUCAGAUGACUUUCAACCUGAAGAGGAUGUUGCUGAUCUAAUGGAUAUAGAUGCUGUGGAGGAGGAUAUUACAGACGAUGACAGUGACGAUACCGAGCUACAUGAAGCAAGUACUGCCAGUGCCCAGGGUAAUCUGGGACAUAAGAACGAUAAAUUUGGUGGGGAGCCUUUCAUAAUCUACAAAGGGCAUAUCUAUACGGUGGUGAAGCGAUAUCUACUGGCCCAUCCCUACCUGCGGUUCAAAGAUGCAUCUCUCGAGAAGCUCAAAACAGGACAUAGGAGAUGUAUCCUCCAGUGCAAGCGUACUGUCAGCGAUGUGAUUGCAGACAAAGUACCUGCUAAAGGUUCUCGCCCUGACUGGCGACUAUGGCCUACUCACACUUGCCGGUUUGCCGAGAUUCUCGUCCGCAUGGAAUCUGGACGAUGCUUCUUCUACCCUCUGAAAUCCAUAGCGACUGAGCUAGAUCAGUGGCGGUCCCAUGGAGGAGGCCCUCUCCACGGCACAGAGAUCUGUAAGAGUUCUUACGUUCCUCCUGACAUAGUGGAUCAUUGGGCAGAGCUACUCCAUACUACUCCAACUCUGACAUUGGACAAGUUGAAGUUGAAGACAAAUGAGCGGUAUAUGGCAGGCGGGUACUGCAAUGAAAGCAUAGAGUUCUUAGCUAAUAAGGGCCUUACCGAUUACGCCAAGAUCCGAGGCGUUUAUCGCUCCCUGAAGGAAAACGGCAAGGGAGGCCUGAACCUCGACGAUUUCAUCGAGCAGCUCAAGUCCCUCCGUCUCAGCUCCGAGGAGAUACGGGAAGCGAUGACGCCUAUAUUGAGCAGCCUGAGAAAAGUGGAAAGUGGUGCUUCAACAGAGGCCGACUUACUUCGUGUUCGACAAGCUGAUCGAUGUAUAAUACUUGACAACAUCCUAUGCGAAAAAGGUUUGGAGCCAAGUGGGCGAUGUGAGGUGACGGAACUCUCCAUGGUCUUCACAAGCCUGAGGAUGCUGAGGAAUCUGGAACGGUGCAAAACCAUUGGCAUAGAUGCUACCUACAAUGUUAUCUUCGCUGACGUAGUGCUCACCGUGGUAUGUGCUCUCCCACGCGAUGCUGCUGCUCGGCCUGUUGCUCUCUGCUUAAUGAAGCGCGAAACUACCAAGUCCGUGGCCCAUAUGUUGAAGCAGGUGAUGGCGGCAGCGGCAGCUCUCGAACUCGUGGGUUCCAUUCCAUCUGAGGUCGUAAUGGACGGGUCGGCGAGCUUGCACAGCGGCGUAGAAGAAGUCCUUGGAAAUGAUGUAAUCAUCAUCUCCUGCUACUAUCAUAUGAAGCAACGUGCUCGGAAGGCCAAGGCGACCGCGAGACUCUCUCGCAAGCUCUGGUUUGCAAUCAGCAAGAUUUGGAUUUGA